AUGUCUCCUCGUCGCACUCGCAACUCCACUCAAGGCCGCACCAGUCUACAUCUCAACCAGAAGAGUAAAGCAUCCAUACCAUUGGACAUUCUUGAUCAUACGCCCAUGGCCGCGACUUCAGCUUCAACUCCUCUCCAUUCUUCAACGCUCUCGCCUAGGAAGCGCUUAACUCCUCUUCCUAUUUCACCGCCCUCUCCAAAGAAGCGGCGGUUCGCAGAAUCCACUGACCCCGCCUCGACGCCACCACCUUCUCCUUCCUCUUUGAAUGUAUCCCAUCUCUCGCCAUCCCUCGUCUCUGAUCAGCACAGUAUCACCAUAGCUGUGCCACAAGUCCAGACACUAAGUCCUCUUACACGAAGUCUGUCUAUCGUGACACUCCAUCAUGACAUCGACAUGGAACAAGAUCUGAAAUCACCUGCGAAGGCACGGUCGCCAUCCCCUGCACCGACUGAAGUGGUCUCCGAAGAGGAACUUCCCAAGAAGGACCCGGAAGCCAUUCACCGAGAACUUAUCGAGCAGAAAAUCAAAAUUCGCGAUUUCGCGUGGGAGCCCAAUCCUGCGGUGGUUGUCCCCUUCAACCCUGUCCGUGCGUUGGUGGAUCACGAUUGGCACCUGCGGAAUGUCAAGCAGCACAAACUCAAAGUCUCCUAUCAGGGGCUAUGGCGCCUCCUGCGCAUGGGCUGGAUCACUCUUACUGAGGUUGAACCAUUUUGGAGCACUGACCUGCGCCAGAACGUCCUGCAGUUCGACUCCCAAGAAGAUGGGCCCAUACCGGUAGAAUGGGUCAACAGCUCAUCAAGUGACACCAUCCCGACGCCUCAGGAGCGUGUGUGGUUGAGGAAGCGUCGGUACCCCCCCACGUUGGGCGACUUGCCUGACAGCCAGUUUUUCGGGUCCGAACCCCAUGUGACCGCCAAACAGCCAGCCGGAUCGGCUCUCCAGUGUCAGAAGACGGAGGUCGUACUUGACCUCAACAAUUAG